CUUAGCUGUUUGGUGGCCCUUAUGUAUGCCACAGAUCCAUGUGAGAGCUCUAUUUUUAAGCAUGUGGUAUGUAUCAUUCAAAGCCCACCAGUGAAGUGUAUUGGAAUGCCUAGCAUAGAAGUAAUGUAUUUUUUUUUAAUUUUUUUUUAAACAACCUUGUUCCAAUGUGUCAUGAAUAUAUUGCCUUUUUAGAGUAAAUGGCCCUCUUAUCAAUGAGGUAAUGUUUAUUUAGCAAAACUGACGCUACCUUGCUGCAUGUUUUUAAAAAAAAUUAAAAUUAAUUAAUACUGUUUGCGUGCAGUGUGCUGGGAAUUUUGCCUCUGAUUACCAACAAUUCUGCUUAACAUUUUCAUUUUUCUAUUUAUGUUAUGUCAUAAUAUUUGCAUUCUGCUGGCAUACUGGGAAUCUGCUCUCCCAAAAUCCCAGCAGAUCUUAAUAAAUCCCAAUAAGCAGGAGUUUGCCCAUAUUUAAAAUAAAUAAGUGUGUUCGUGUGUAUCUUUCUAUCUAUCGAUCUAUCACAACAACGGCACCUGCCAAGAGGUGGGCUAUAUUAGGCAGCAAAUGAACAGUCAGGUUUUGAAUUUCAUGUGCUGGAAGUAGGAAAAAUAGGCUAGCGAAAAGACCUGAGUGUCUUUGACAAGGGCCAAAUAGUGAGGGAUAGAUAGAAACAUAGAAUGUGACGGCAGAUAAGAACCAUUCAGCCCAUCUAGUCUGCCCAAUUUUCUAAAUAAUUUAAUUAGUCCCUGGCCUUAUCUUAUAGCUAGGAUAGCCUUAUGCCCAUCCCACGCAUGCUUAAACUCCUUUACUGUGUUAGCCUCUACCACUUCCGCUGAAAGGCUAUUCCAUGCAUCCACUACCCUCUCAGUAAAGUAAUACUUCCUGAUGAUAUUAUUUUUAAACCUCUGCCCCUCUAAUUUAAGACUAUGUCCUCUUGUUGUAAUAGAUGACUGAGUAAGAGCAUCUCCAAGAUGGCCAGUCCUGAUAUGCAGUGGUUAGUAUCUACCAAAAGUGGUGCAAGAAAGGACAAUUAGUGAACCUGCAUAGAGCCCCAUCUCGCAACUUGCAGGACUUAUAUGCCCGGCUGCUAAUGUCUUGGUGCCAGAUUCCAAAGGACACAUUCAGGGGUUUUGUGGAGUUCAUGCCUCAAUGCAGCAUGAAGGGGGACCUACACGAUAUUAGGCAGGUAUUUAUUGUUGUUGUGACUAAUCAGUGUAGAUACCCUUUCCUCAAGAGGGCUGAAUGAGAAGAAUAGUCUGCAUGGUUUUUUUAGAUUUGGAGAGCGUUAUAACUUGCAUAUCUUUUUAAUUAUUAGUUCCCAUGAUUUUCCUACCCCGUUGGUACUCUUAGUGCAUUCAUUUAUUGUAUUUUAUAUGUAUUAUUUUAAUGUGCUUUUAUUUUCUUACUAGGCUAUUCUGGUGGAGGAUGUACCGUAUCUACGUGGGGAAUCUAUCCCUUACUUUUCUCUAGCUAAUAUCACUACUUUUUUGCUUCACAUAUCAAGUCUAAGCAAUUUUAGUAUUUUAUAGUCUGGAGAGGUAGCUUUAAACUAAUAUGCCUUUCAUGGUGGUAUCGCCACAUUCUCACUUUUGUGUAUCUUCACUGUAAUAGAUUGCACAGGUGUAUGGGUGUCCUAUGUCUUUACCCCAUUUUGAUGAGGGUGUACCUAUUUAUUGUUUUGUGAUUUGUGUCUUGAUUAAAGUCCAGUUCUUGAACCAAAACAUUUAACAGUUUUUUUUCUUCUAAAAUUAAGUUAUUUAGCAAGUCUUCUCUCCCUUGUUAUAUAUAAUUUUUAUAAUAUAUAUAUAUAUAUUUUUUUUUUUUAAAUGUCCUAUUAUGUUAUACAAAUAAGGUAUCCUUAAUUUGUAUACAAAAAAAUAACUGGCUUGGCCUAAUAUAUGUUAAAUUAUAUACAAAAUUUAAUAUAUUAUAUAUUAAUUUGGAUACAAAAAAUGUCUGGCUUGGCCUGAUAUUAUAUGCAAAAUAUGCAUGCCAUAUUUCAGGUAAUUGUUACAUAUUUAAUUUUUCAUCUUGAUAAUGAUAAAAUGUGCCUCAGGGUUCUGUUUUGGGACCACUUCUAUUUAACAUAUUUUUAAAUGAUCUUGAAAUAGGCAUUGAAAGCCACGUAUCAGGGUUUGCAGAUGACACAAAACUUUGUAAAGUAGUAAAAUGUGAGCAGGGUAUUGCUUUGCUGGAGAGGGAUUAAGAUAGAUUGGGGGACUGGGCACUAAAAUGGCAAAUUAAAUUUAAUGUAGAGAAAUGCAACGUUAUGCUCUUCGGGGUCAAGAAUGCACAAGCAACUUACACCCUAAAUGGUAGUGAAUUAGAGAUAACCACAUAUGAGAAAGAUUUGGGAAUUGUUAUAGACCACAAAUUAGGCAGCAAUAUGAAAUGUCAAUCUGCAAUUGCUAAGGCCAGUAAGGUUUUGUCAUGCAUAAAUAGGGGCAUAAAUUCUCGGGAUGAAAAUAUAAUUUUGCCUCUUUAUAAAUCGCUGGUAACACCACACCUUGAAUAUUUUUGGGCAUCUGUGCUAAAGAAGGAUAUUAUGGCACUAGAAAAAGUGCAGAGACGAGCUACAAAAUUGAUUAAAAGGAAUGGAGCAUUUUAGUUAAAAUUUUGAAAUCUCUUUAGUUUGGAAAAAUGGCGCCUGAGAGGGUAUAUGAUAACAUUAUACAAAUAUAUUCGGGGCCAAUACAAACCAUUAUCUGGAAAUCUAUUGAUAAACAGGGCUAUACAUAGGACACGAGGUCAUGCAUUUAGGCUAGAAGAAAGGAGAUUUCAUCUAAGGCAAAGAAAAGUUUUUUUACAGUAAGAACUAUAAGGAAGAGGUGGUGCUUUAAGAGGUGGUUUUAUCAGUCCAUACAGAUGUUUAAACAGCAAUUCAAUAAAUACUUCCAAAACAUAACGUACAGGGAUAUAAUUUCUAAUUAGUGGGGUAAUAGCUGCCUGAUCCAAGGAGACAUCUGACUGCUAUUUUGGGGUCAAGAAGGAAUUUUAUUUCUAGUUUGUUGCAAAAUUAGAAGCACAUCAGACUGGUUUUUUUUGCCUUUUUGGAUCAACAGCAAAAACAUAUGUGAGGAAGGCUGAACUUGAUGGACGCAAGUCUCUUUUCAGCUAUGUAACUAUGUAAUAUGUUGGCUUUAACAACUGCACUCUUAGAGUUCCACUUUAAAAUAUGUUUGUCCAUUGUGGACCUUCUCCAGUUCAACACUUCAGUCUAUUUUAAGCCUUUCGAGUAGUUCAUAUUGAGAUUGAAUGAAGACACUUAGGUUCUUGUUGUUCGAGUGUUUACCUCAUUUGAUGUACUGAAAUGUCAGAUAUAGUAAAGAAUGGACACACAUAGAAAAGCUGACUGAGUUCAACAGUGUGUGCAGGUCAUAUAAUGUGUGAAGACAGCUGUCAACAGCAUGUGCGUUUGGAAAUAGUGUUUUCUAGGGAACCCCAAAAUGAAAGCAUUGUUUUGUUACCAAAAUAAGAUCUAUGUUUUCCUCAAUGCGUUGUUUUUCUAUGUAGUGCUACUACUGUGCCCAUUUUUAGUACCAUAGCUUCAAAAUGUGUUUUUUCUAGGUUGUGUUUGUUCAAGCUUGAUAAUAGUGUCUGUGUUUCUAGGUGGGAAAAGAUGCUGUGCAGAAAUAGUUUACAGUAGAAGUAUAAAAUGUAAAAUUAUUACAUUGUAAGCUGUUUCGAAAUAUAAACCUUGAAGUGCAUGUUAGAUAAUAGUGUGCUAAGCUUUAAAACAAGAUAAUAGUUUACUACUACAGUAUCAUAACACAAAAUAACCAAAAAUGAACACGAAUGUAGAAAUCAGUACAAUUCAUAAAUGUCAGAGUGAAUACAGGUGCACAAUUAUCUAUGACUGUGGGUUGUGUAUUUUGUUUUAAUAAAAUAAGUAAAGUAAAAGAAGGUAGUGUAGGCCUGUAGGGAGUAUAUAUUAAUGUCCGUAUCCACGGCAACUCUGUCAUAAAGGUAGCCUUGCCCCUCAUCACUGUUUGGAAAGGAGUAAAUUCAACUAAAUAAGUCAAACAUUCACAGUCUUUGUUUUUUGUUUUUCUGGCCUCUCCUAAAAAAUUUUUUCUUUUGCGUCUUACCGAAGUUUAAUUAUUCUUAAAGAUUGAGAAAUUUAUCGUUUCUCACGUGGAAGGCUUAUCUUAGGGGGCUGUGGUAACUUGAAGGGUAGCAGUGGUCCACAGGAUGGGCUAAGGUCCAGAUAGCAUUCCCAUGUCCUAAAAGGGCAUGAGAAAUGAGCCACAAUGUUUGCUGGGCUACAGAACAAAGGAGCUCUUAGGAAUGUCUGUCUUGACAGUUUUAGUGGAGAACUCCAUAGCCAUGUGCAGUGGGCUUUUUUCAGUUACUAUCUUCAGUUUUAAGUAGAAGCAUUAGUGUGUUAGAGCAUACUGUUUCUAUGAAUUCAACCCUUUCUAUAGCCUCAAGAACAGCAUUAGGUCUACUGACAUAGCGUUAAUGCCCGCUAAGAACAGCUUAUGCACCCUCUCCUUCUAAGGAAACUUAUUGUUUAGAAAAUCAUGAAUUACUGUUUUUAAAAAACGGUUGUAGGAAGUCAUUAGUUUCUUCAACAUGAGAGAUGACGUAGGGGUCAGGACAGAAGAUCCUUUCAGGAAUCUGAGUCCUUUUAAGAGUCAGUUCUGCUAUCCAAGAAGAGAAUAAGGUCUGGAGGGGAGGCCAGCCUUCCAGAAGAAUUUGCUUUAAGGAAGUCUCUUCUGGGAAAAUGGCAAAGGAUGUUUUUAGAAUGUUUGCAUUCAUCGGCCAUGAAAGUUGGGGCAAAACAUUUACAUUUACUCAAAGCCAGGGAAGAAUCAACAGCAGAUCUUUGGAUGUAAAGCAAUGACACACUGUCUUUUCCAAGGUUCUGGUUUCCAUGGUCACAAAGAUCAGAAUCUUGGGAAUUGUGAUAUUUCACUUCUUGGAAGAUAUCCUACUACUGGCACCAGUCAGUCCCACUUGGAAAAAUGCCCAAAACUGCUUUUUUCCCUAUAGUUGUUGCGGAAUGUGGAGAAGGCUGCUUUCAACAGCCUCAUUACAAUGCAGCAGAGGAUUUGUCUUGGAACCUAUUAUAACCCAAGAGAAGCAGUGUUUUUCCUAUCAGCAGAUCAGAUUGUCAAAAUAAAAAUGUCAGACUUCCUAUACCAUUCUCCAGGAAUCAGAGUAUACAGGAGUUCUCUGGGGAUUCUCUGCAAUAGGCCUGAUCCCAUUUUCAUACGUGGGUCCCACAGGAAUCAUUCCUGCAGCAAUUUCAACAUCUGUUACCUGUCUCUACUGAUUUACGGCGGUGUGGCACGUUGUGAUGCAAACGUGGACCGUUAUACCUAGAGACUCUCUUACACUGAAAAGAUACUGAGCUUGCAUCAUUUUAGGCAACAGGUUGUGUACAUAAGCUCGCCUUUUCUCCUAUGUCAACCCAGACCAUAUUCUAACAGUGAUUAGUAUGAGUAGGGGCAUACAAUCUAAUGUAGUAUGCAAAAGUUUGAACAGGGUGCAGAUAUUUGGACAAACCACUCCCCUAGUGGUCAGAUAUAGGAGCUAUAAAUAAAUACCAACCGCACUCCUAAUGCGUAUAAAAAAAAAAUAAAUACUUUAUUGAAUAUCACCUGAAAGAAUAUAUAAUCUAUAUACACAUGUAAAUCCAAAUAAAUAUACUUCCCAAAUGGGAUAGACCUACUAAUCCGUCAAAUGAUUAUAUAGGCUAAGCAAUAUCCGUAUACAACAAUAAUACUUACACAACAAAGCGAAAUAGCAAAAUCAUAAUAAAUGGUAACAAAAAUAAAGGACAACAAAAAAUACUGCAUAAUGGUAUACCUCUUUCUAUGUACCAGAGACUCCGAGCAAGACACACAAAGCACCCAACGUUUCGACCAACAUUUUUCAAAGGUGAUAUGCUUUCAUUAAGUGUGCAUUUAAAUAGGUUAAUGCUUAAGGUGGUAGCCCCUCUCCCCACACGUAUGUAGUAAUUCCAUUAGGAUCAUUCGGGUUGCCAAAGCAACAACUGGGAACAUAAAUGAAAAAAUGGUAUAAAAAUCAAACAAAAAAUAUAACAGAGAGUAGUGCAAGGAGGUGAUCGCGAUCCGACCUCAUUCUACAUGCACCUAUAGAGUUACAUAGAGAAAGGUUAAAACCCCUUCAGCAGCUUUCCUUUAUCUAGUGCCGGGUUCACUCGGCGCUGGAGACCUCUCCUCCCCCGCCAACGUCCUCAAUGAAGCGGCUGUCAGGAAGACAGCAACUAGAGGUUGGAUUAACUAUGUAACUGCUGAAACUAGGGAUCGACCGAUAUUGAUUUUUUAGAGCCGAUACCGAUACCGAUAUUCUGUGAACUUUCAGGCCGAUAGCCGAUAUAAUUUGCCGAUAUUUUGUACAUUUACCAUUUUGGAAAAUAAAAACUAUUUCUAAAGGUAAAUGCACAAAAUAUACAUGCCACGUGUAGUGGAUGCAGUGUGACAGGGGAGCUGUGUGUAGUGGAUGCAGUGUGUGUUUGUGUAGUGUGUGUGGAGGAUGCAGUUUGUGUAGUGUGUGUGGAGGAUGCAGUGUGUGUUUGUGUAGUGUGUGUGGAGGAUGCAGUGUGUGUUUGUGUAGUGGAUGCAGUGUGUAUUUGUCUAGUGUGUGUAGUGGAUGCAGUGUGUAUUAGUGUAGUGUGUAUAUAAUGAAAGCAGAGUGUUUGUGUAGUGUGUGGGUAGUGUGCGUAAAGUGAAUGCUGUAUAUACUAAAUGCAAAGUGUGUGUGUAUAUAAUGAAUGCAGAGUGUGUGUAUAGUGAGUGUAGUGUGUUUAUAUAAUGCAGAGUGUGUGUGUUUGUAUAGUGUGUGUUUGUGUACAUAUACAAGCCCGGCGGUCCUGGGGGUGGGGGGGGCGGAGAGCAAGCGCUUACUCACCUCCCAGCAGCUCCUCCGGCUCCCCAGUGUAUCUCUCGCGGCCAGCGUGUCGCACAACGCUCUGACGGCCGCAGGUCUCGCGAGAGUUACACUGGGGAGCCGGAGGAGCUGCCGGGAGGUGAGUAAGUGCUUGCUCUCCGCCCCCCCCACCCCCAGGACCGCCGGGCUUGUAAUGAGCCCAGCGGUCCUAGGAGGUAUUAUCGGCAAUAUCGGUAUCUGAAUUGUCCGAUACCGAUAUUGCCGAAAAUACAGAAUAUCGGCCGAUUAUAUCGGUAAAACCGAUAAUCGGUCGAUCCCUAGCUGAAACUGCUAUGUUUACAUGUGAAGGGUUAAAACCUGGGGGACCUGGCACCCAGACCACUUCAUUGAGCUGAAGUGGUCUGGGUGACUAUAGUGUUCAUUUAAUGAGAAGUUUUUGCAAGGCAGGUGCUCAAAGCUCUACUGAUCUAUUCACAUUAAUUUAGAAAAGUCUACUGAUCUAUUCACUUUUUAUAAAAUGAAUAAAGAGGACACAUUCAGGCUGAAGUUCUUUAUUCCUGAUCGUAUAGUGUUAACACCACCAUCUAGCCCCCCUUGGUGGCCUGAUCCAAUCACAAUGCUUCCCCAUAGGAUUGGCUGAGACUGACAAAGAGGCAGAUCAGGGACAGAGCCAGCAUGAUUCAAACACAGCCCUGGCCAAUCAGCAUCUCCUCAUAGAGAUGAAUUGAAUUAAUGAAUCAGUGCCUGCAUGCAGAGGGAGGAGACAUUGAAUGUUUGGAUGCAUUUCAGGCAGCCAUGACCCAGGAAGGAUCUUUAACAGCCAUCUGAGGAGUGGCCAGUGAAGUUAUCACUAGGCUGUAAUGUAAAUACUGCAUUUUCUCUGAAAAGACAUUGUUUACAACAAAAAGCCUAAAGGUAAUUAUUCUACUCAUCAGAACAAAUUCAAUAAGCUGUAGUUGUUCUGGUGACUAUAAUGUCCCUUUAAGGUAAGGAGACUCACCACCUGCUUACUGCAGAAUCUGAGACACUUCCUCAGAGUGAGUGCAAACUGAAGUGCUUUCUCUGUCCAUCAUUUCAGCCACAAAUAGUUUGAAUUUUCUCCAAUGAGGUAUUGAGAAAAGCCUUUGUUUCAACAAUUUGAAUGUAAAAGCCUUCUGUCUUAUCGACCAUAUCUAGAGAUUGAUAGUCUGGUAAUUUAGAUAGUGCCAGAUCUCUUUGAGUGUAGUUAAAGAUUUGUCCUGCGUGGAAUAUUCUGUCCCUUCCUUGAUACAUUUCAGUAGGUUCUCAGAGACUAUGAUGGGUCCAUCCAUUGUUAACCCUUAGAACAUCAUUUUUGGUAGCAGUUUUUUUUAAUUGGAGUCUCUUUAUUUUGUCUUCGAUGAAGAAAUGGUGGUGUUGCAAAAUAUUCACAAAUUCUGUCCCAUGCCUUUGAUUACCUUCAUUUUAUUACAGUGGUUUUGGUACCAGGAGUGCCCUCCCAGGUUUAGUAGUCAAACCAUUUGGGAAUGGGUUAACACUUUCCUUGGAGUCUACUGGGCACCCGCAUCUGCCUCCCCUGGGAGCUCCACUGAGGUAAGCCUUGCCGUGUAUCAGCUGUGGUCAUCAGCUGAGUCCUGUGCAGGAGCUUUUGGCGGCUAAGGUGGCAGGUGUGUGGUGGAUCCCAGGUAAGUAGUUAAAUCAUUCUCAAACUGUAUUUACAAACUGCUCAAUUUUCUUCCAUUUAAACUUUGUUCAUGCAGCUCUAGUCAUGCGUCCCUGCACAUGACAUGCACAGCCUUCUUAAACACUUCCAGGUAAAACUUCCGUUAUUGCAUUCUGUGUGUUAGAAUUCUUAUCUCCUGCUCUGUUAAUAGCUUGAUAGACCGUGCAGGAGCCUCCUGUCUGUGAUAAAAGUUCAAUUUACAGAGCAAGAAAUAAAACAAAUAAGUUACAUCUGUUUGAAAAUGAAACCAUUUUGUUUUCAUGCAGCCUGUGUCAGUCACAGUCAGAGGAGGUAUGUCUAGGGCUGCAUAAACAGAAACAAAAGCGAUUUAACUCCUAAAUGGCAGAUAAGUGAGCAGCGAGACUGGAGGCAUAAUCUAUACACUAAACCUGCUUCAUAAAGCAAAGGUUUUUUUGGUGACUAUAGUGUCCCUUUUAAGCUUUACAUAAUGAUCAGGCAAAAUAGGACAUUAUUGCUACUCUCUAUCUCUGGCCAAUUUCCAUGCAGCAGAGGGUGACCAACUUGUCCAAACAUAUUUCUGCUACCUAGUGUAAAUGUUAAAAACUAUAUAUUCCGCAGGGCGGACUGGGACUCCCGGACCUGACCAAAUACCAGACUACCCACCUACAACGUAUAACCGAAUGGACCCUGGGGACAAAAGACAAACUCUGGAUAGCCAUAGAACCCAGCUUCUCAAAAGACCCACUGAGCUCGCUCCCGUGGCAACUCCCAGGCCAGACGAGAAGAUAUGACACCAGACACCCCACGAUAGUGGCAACACUGAAGGUGUGGAGCAGGAUGGCAGGGAACCCGGACCUCGCCCCACCUGUCUCCCCUCUAUACCAACUCUCGGGCACAACACAAUUCCAUAUGAUCAACAACUCCCAGACCUUGACUAACUUGGGCCUACCAUCCCCGUUCAGGCUACAACACGUUCUAGUGAACGGGACCAUUCCCACGUUAACGGAAAUGCCCACACCCACCCCUCCUGACCACAUGACUAAAUUCCGAUAUCACCAAUUGGUGAGCACACUUAAGCGAAUCCCCAACCCAACCUACCCUCGGCUGCUAGACCCCUGACCACGAUUGAGGCCAUCUGUACGCAAGAUGCCCUGACGCCGCACGCCAUAUCACUCCUGUACCGACUGCUAAACUCCCCACAGGGAGACACCCGACUUCCCUACUUUACCAGAUACUGGGAAAGAGACCUUGGGCAUCCUCUGACCCAAGACCAAUGGACCACAGCAUUCACGAUGACACGUAAAACAUCCAUAAGCACCAGAUACCAAGAAUCGGGAUAAAAAAUAUCGCACUGGUAUAAAACACCAGAGAAACUCGCCACUAUGUAUGACACAAGCACACCAGAAUGUUGGAGAUGCGGAACUGAACUGGGCACGCUAUACCACAUCUGGUGGACAUGCCCGCGGAUCAAACCUUUCUGGCACGAAAUACACCAGGUGGUUACAACGCUCACAGACAACCCCAUAGAAAACUACCUACUACACCUGACACCUCUACAACCCCCCGCCUACAAAAAAACGAUCACCCCGUACCUAGUGAAUACGGCACGUAGCCUAAUCCCAACAUUCUGGAAAAAAUCCAUAAAACCAACCCUGACGGACUGGAUAACAAGGGUAGAGGACAUAAGGACCAUAGAGGAAAUGAUCCUGACAGCAAAAGGAAGACCCCAGACGUACCUGAAGACAUGGUUCCACUGGCUACAAUGGCUAACCGCUAGACAAAACCCAGGACAACACCCACGAAGGACGGACAACGACGGUUGAGGGCCUACGGAUCACAGCACUACGCAGACCAGGAGAUCACGGCACACACACCUGGAGACAGGACACCUGAGGACCAAGGCAGCGACACCUGAAGAUCGCAAUGGGAACACAUGCAACAUACUGUGCCCGGGCCCCGUGGGAAGACCCCACUCCUAAACCCCCCCCCCAGGAACAUGACAUACCCCCCUACAAAACACAAAGACAGAAUAAACACAGACAUUCCACCACAGGACCAUGCCGUACCACAAAGAACACCCGACCCACCCCCAUGGUCCUAACCUUCUCAAGACACAAGUGACAACAUCACGCCCAAGCAGAGAGGAGGAGGGAGGACACCCAAGACCUACCCCCUACACAAUCACACGCCACCUCAGCACCCCCAACGCGCACAUUGUCCCAUGAGUCGAGACACGAACCUGCCCGACCGUGGACAUGGGAAGGAUGAGACCGAGAUCCAGGGUGAAUGAGACUCAAGGACCAGGGCACCACGCUAGAUAAAGGGGGGCUGACACUACCCAUAGAAGCCUUCCAAACAAGUCCCCCACCCAUCGGGACCAUAAGCCAUCACCCCCAAACUACUAAAUCAACAUCACCAGCGGCACACACGCAAGAACACAUCCCCCACACCCACAACCACACACAGAUAGCCCGACUGACCCCAACCCGGAGACAGCCUCGAACCGAGAGAAAUAACACAAGGGCGCCACGACACGGAUUCUAAACACGGACGCUUCUACAAGACAACCAACAGAGAACGGACCGCUUUACUCCUCUACGAAACCUGACCUAGAUACAUUAUGUAGCACCCUAACAUCGGCUAACCAAUUCCCUAUGGAAGGCACGCAAUAGCAACCACUAUGCAAUGUAUUGUAAAACAAUAUCACCAUAGUCGCUAUGCCCCAUGAGACCACAUACCCAAUCUGCUUAAGAAAGGUAUAAUACAAAACUAUAUGCCGGCCUCAUAAAUCACAGGGAUCAUACGUUAUAAGCCUCUGCGUAGGCUAAUGUUGCAAAGCUACCGAUGAAACAACCCCGCAUCUCAAACCAUCUACCAAAUAUACAACACUCCCCCUGUGUGGGUAAACUGUUCUCUAUCAGAGGUUAGGAAUUGCCCACCAUUACCCAGGUCGGAACAACCACGAAAUAUGUAAUAAGCCUUACUCUUGUUUGUUUGACGUACUAUGCCUCUGCGUAUGCAACAAUGCACCCUCUUUUCAAACCUGUUACAUGUCUGCUAACAUUUUGCAUACGAAAAAAAAAAAGAAAGACAUAAUUUACAAACCUAGCAUUCUAAUUCAAAUAGUCCAAUCUACACGGGAACGUGCCAUUGUUUUGUUUUCUAGAUUGGCAUAGUUGUCCAAGUGUACUUGGCUGAACCUGACUGAAAAAGUGUAUGUUUAGAUGUGGAAGUUCAUUUUGUUAUACUUAAUAUAAUAUUCAUGUUUCUGUUUUUCAUAGUCAAAGAGUAAACUGAAAAUUGUGCUUACAUCCCUGUCUCCAAAAACAAACACUGAUCAGUCAUGUCGAUGUAGGCUUUUGUCAAAUGCUUUUGAGGUGUCUGUCAGACUGCUACAUACUGCUUGUUCGGAAGAAUACCAUUUUUUAAAAAUGCCAUUCCAAUUGUUUCAUGAAGUCACGAUGCUAAUUAAUUUAAUCUGACAGAACUAGCUCAUGCUAGAGCCUUCUCUACACUCACUUAUUGUGUUCUCUUUGUCUUUCAGGAGAAGGAACUCCACCGGUUCCUGGUUUGAUGAAAUCGAAUUAACUGCUGCUGAACAAAUGUGGAGGCAGGUUCUCCGGUCUGCGAAUCCAAACUUGACAAAUCUGGGAUGGGAAUCGGUGCCUAGUCUGCCAGAUUUUGGCAAUAAGGUACAUUGCUCUAGAAAUCCAGCUACGGUUGUCAUAAAAUAACGUAAACCGCAAUAUACUGGCCAAUAUUGCAAUUCAAAAACAUAGAACAGAACAUGAGAACUAGUUUCUCAUUUCAUCUGAUCAUUAUGAAAUGUUAGACUGUUUAUUUUUUUUUUGGUUUUUAAUUCUCUUUUUAUGCUUUACAAAAUUAUUUUCUUCAUCAACUGGAAUAUCAUACCAGGUAUCAGCUGCACUUUUAUUAAAUUUGCAUUCCUUUUGUUCACACUUACAUCUUAUGCACAGACUGUUUUUUAAAGAUGUUCAAGUUGUAAUAAGAACAAUAUCUUGAUAAAUCAGACUUUCCAACAGAUUGGAGAAUCCUAAUAAAGUGCAAAAUAUCCUGAUAUUCAAAAAUAAAAUAUACAGAGAAAAGAGGGAAUAAGACAGAAGAUCGUAGCUCUAAAACUGGAAAGGAAAAAGGGAUUCACCAAAACCUUUUAAAGCAAUACAAAAUACGCUAUAUAAUACAGUGUGAGGUAUCCAGGAGCUAAUCAGUAAGAUGGACGAAUAAUAAAUAUAUGCUUAAUCUUAAUGAAACGUUAAUAGAAUAUUUUGGUAUUCUAAUAGCAGUAUGAGUUAAAGGAAUGUAGGAUGAAUAUAUAUGGUAUAGGUGCCCCUAACCCUGCUUAUGAGAAUAAUACAGGGUGGAUGGCACCAAUGCCAAAUAAUAUACUUUUAUAAGGAUAAAAGAUCAAGAUUAUGUCCACAUGUAGUGAAGCAUACCUGUAUAUGGAACUGGUUGCUGAAAAGCAAUAUCGCUAAAACACUAAAAAGUGAGAGAACAACUGGAGAUAUAAAAAAACAGUUUAUUAAUAAAAAUGAAGAUACAAAUAACAGCACAGUGGGAUAGCAAGAGAACCUUAAAACCAGACCGCGAUGGAUGAGGAUGAUGAUGGUAAGUUUGUCCUCUGUAUCCCUACCGCCAGUGAGGACGGCGUGCGUUCCACUACAGACCUCACAUCGAGGGGUAAGCACUGAUCUCACGGGGUAGGAUCUGUUAUGUAUCUUCAUUUUUAUAUUUUUAUUAAUAAACUUUUUUUUUAUAUCUCCAGUUGUUCUCUCACUUUUUAGUGUUUUAGCAAUAUUGCUUUUCAGCAACCAGUUCCAUAUACAGGUAUGCUUCACUACAUGUGGACAUAAUCUUGAUCUUUUAUCCUUAUAAAAGUAUAUUAUUUGGCAUUGGUGCCAUCCACCCUGUAAUAUUCUUAUAAGCAGGGUUAGGGGCACCUAUACCAUAUAUAUUCAUCAUACAUUGCUUUAACUCAUACUGCUAUUAGGAUACCAAAGUGCUCUGUUAAUGUUUCAUUAAGAUUAAGCAUAUAUUUAUUAUUCAUCCAUCUUACUGAUUAGCUCCUGGAUACCUCACACUGUAUUAUAUAGUGUAUUUUGUAUGGAGAAUCCUAAUAGUUUGUAAAAAUGAAACUGCAAGAAAACAUUCCAAACGUACGGUAUAAUUGUGUGUGUGUGUGUGUGUGUGUCUGUAUAUGUGUCAACUUUACUCUUUGUAGUAGUAGCCAUCCUUCCACUAUGUUUCACUGUUGGCCACUCUACUGUUUCUUUUGGGAGUGUGUAAAUGACAAAACAAAUACAAAUUAUAAUGCUACAAACAUUGUCAUAGAUUUGGUGUCAAACUACCAAAGGUAAAUAUUUGUGUUGUGGUUUUGAUCACUGUGGCAAACUGUUAAACUGUAAUCCCAGCAUACUACAUUUUGAAAUGUUUGUGUAGCCUCCCUUAAUCACCUGAGGUGUGGUGGUGGUGUUUUGUUUGUUUUUUUGUAUCAUCAGAGUGCACUGGCUUACACUGGUGGAGACAGGGUAACUCAUUUUUAAUGCAAGUACCUGGCAGGGACAGCUAUACACUGAGCAUGCUCGAGUAAAGAGAUUCUCACAGGUACAUACAGGUGAUUCUCGAAAAAUUUGAAUGUCGUGCAGAAGUUCAUUUAUUUCAGUAAUGCAACGUAAAAGGGAAACUGAUAUGAGAUAGACGCAUUACAUGCAAAGCAAGAUAGUUCAAGCCGUGAUUUAUCAUAAGUGCGAUGAUUAUGGCUUACAGCUCAUGAAAACCCCAAAUCCACAAUCUCAGUAAAUUAGAAUAUUACAUGCAAUCAAUAAAACAAGGAGUGUACAUAGAACAAUGUCGGACCUCUGAAAAGUAUAAGCAUAAGUGUAAUUUUGUCUUUAGCCAAUUAGGCUUCUUUUUCCCCCCCCAAAGUAUAGAAUUAAAUCCAGGUUUCUAGUUCUGCAGUGGGUGUAAUGUCACCUUUGUUAGACAUGGCUGCAUUGAUAAAUCAAAUGCAAUAUGUUACAGGUCACUGGUGGCAAAGGGAUCAAUAGACAUCAAAUUAGAUUGUAAUGAUGUAUUAAAUACAUCUACAAAGGGCUUUUUAGUUUGCAGAUGAUGUGGCUUUGCUGCUCAGUAACUGCUUGAAGAGACCGUUCAGCCAUUCUUUUAAGAUUACUUACACCUGUAGCUAUAAUUUAUAAGUUAUAUAUUUUAUAUGGAACAGCCAACAACCUGAAUCUUGCCAUAGUAGAUGGCAAAAAUUGAGCAUGUUUCUCAUAAUACUGUAGUUAUAAGAGUAAUGUACUAACCCAACGUUCACCACCAUUAUCUGCACUAACAGCACUGCUUAGCGAGGAAACAAAACUAAAUCAUUCUUAAUAGCAUUAUAUUAAAUGCCCAAAAUAAAAUCAGCUAAUGACAAUGUAUAAUGAAGUGUUUUUACUGUUACCAUGGUUACACAAUUAUUUUUUACAGGCUCUGCUUUGUGGGGUAAAAUAAUCAUUUAUGUAAAAUACUAUUGGGCACCAUCUGUUCAUGUAGAUCUAAGCAGUAUUAGUCUCUUUACCAGCCCCUGUGCUUGCAUCAUGCUUAAAAUGCCCUGUCAGUCUUCCUAUGCCUAGAACCAAGGAUGUUUUCAAAUAUUUGCCAUAGAAACGCCCAAUGUUAAUGAGGUGAUAAACUACCUGAAAAAUUGUCCCAUAGGAACGUACAACUUUUUUUUUAAUUUUUUUAUUCUUGUGUUGAGAGUAGGAUGUCUCCAAACCCUUGCAUAUUACCUACCCCCACCCCCCCCCAAAAAAAAAAAACAGCUGACCAGCCAUUUGUCUAAUUGCAUUUGGACUUUUGAAAUAGAGGGAUUUACUGCAAAAGGAAACCUUUAAUUCCUAUGUGGUUCACAGUUUAUGAACAUCAUUUUUUUCAUUUAAAAUCCAAUUUGUGUAGUACAAAACUAAAUAAGGAAACUUCUGCCUCCUUCCCUCUGAUCCUUCAGUUUUUAAUUAACAUAGAAUCUUUUAAAAAUGAUUUCUCAUUGAAAUUGCAAUCCAAACAAACAAGACAAAGUAGGGACUACUUUGUCUUAUUUAAGUGGCAAUCUACCAACAUGUAUCAGUUAGGAGGAGCGUCUUCAUCCACACCUCGCUCAUGAAGGUGGGUGAGAAAAGACAUUUUGCUCGUCAAACGCCUGUGUUACCUCAGACACAAGCAAGGUACUCUGCGGAAGACCCACAGAGGUCUUUACACUAAUCGCAGAAUGGUAACCAAAUUAAAUUACAUUUUCAAAUUCCAGUUGUAAUAUUUGGUUAUUUCAACCAAAUUUGCACAUUUAUGCAUCUGCAGUUGGGUUGUCUUUUCCAGUCAGACUCUCCACAUGAUAUGGUUGAUUCAGCUAUUCAAAAACAACCAAACUGGUUUCUUUCUAGUGUUCCAAUAUCUCUUACAUAAACCAGGGGAAUUACACCUAAUCCUACAUCAACCUAAUGAUACUCAACCCAAACUCCUUUAACACUAAGGAUACCCCAAUCUGAGAUUUCUCCCACCCCAAACUUGGUAUUAAUGACUCUUUUUUUAAAGUUUACUUCUUGCAGUAGGAGAAUUUGUUUACAAUUCAGAUGGAAUUCGGUUUGUGUUAUUUUCAAAUGAAUCUCACUGCACCAAUCAGUUCCAUUUGAAAAUCUAUUUGGCUCAAGUAGCUAAGCAUUUGGUUCUUAGUGGAUCCAGUGAACCACACAGGAAUUUUGACAACUGAAUACAGGAGAAUUGAGCUGAAUGGAAACAGACAAUAUUACAAAAGCAAAUUUGUAAUAGACCACACAGUCUCUUAUCCUAGACAGUCUUUUGUACACGUGCACAUCACUGACAAGCUCCCUGGCAGAUGAACCCUUAUAAAACCAAAAAUGAUGAUGGAAGUGCAUGUAAGUAUUCCUAUCGCAAGUAACAGUGAUGCUUUAAGGACUGCACUGUGUCUGCAGUAAGAUACUGUUCCAAUAACAUUUAAAUAGCACAAUUUGCUUUUACCUGGAUUAGUGACCGCUUUAAUUUAUUUUUUUUCCCUAAUGCUAUAGUGUCAAGACAACUAAAUUCAAACGUAUUGCAUUUCUGUUUAAACUGUAACUAUCUAAAGGUUUUCUUUUCAGAACACCGAAACCACAAGUGAGGAAUCAGAUGGAUGUGACGUGUUUAACAUUGGACAAGACGAAUUUAAAUGGGUUCCCUUCCCCAAAGAAUUACCUGGCUCUCCAUUAUACCAGAAUAGUGGCAAUAUGCAAGACUGUCAUGCAGCCAAUAAUCAAACAGAGUCGUUACAAGAUGACCUUGGGAUAACCUCUGCAAAAGACCUUGAAUCCGAAUGCUCGGUUUACCAGUUGAAAAGUAAACUUAGUGUUGUGAAACAAGAAAUACAUCCCCCAAAAGAAAUCUCAUCACAAAACUUAAGACGGCAAAUUUCAGGAAACCAGGCACUUUCAAAAAUGGAUUCUACUAAAAUGUUUGAAUAUGACCGGAUUCAGAAUAAGUCUCAGGAUCUAUAUUUAAAAGUAGACACACAAGUUCAAAAAACAGAAAAUACUGACAUUGUAAUGAAGGACUUAGAGGAAGAAGAUAAUUGGGGAGAUUCUGAAGUAAAGGAAACUGAUCAAAGUGCACCUAGAGCAGCUGAAAAUGUGGAUUUAUUAGAGAACUGUCCCAUGUGCCUGAAACAGUUCUCUAAGGGGUAAGUUUAUAUAAAAUCUUAAAGGUAUUUAAUGGCACAACUUGGCAGCGCCGAACGCCAAUCUGGAGCUAACAAUGGUUAGAGCCGGAUUAUUAAUAAAGCAGCAUAUGCAACAGUUUAGGACCUGGAGCUCUAGCACUGACUGUAAAGGGGCCCUCUUCAAGCUGGCAUGGAAAAAAAAUAGCUCCCUGCUGGCCUAGUGCCCUCUCAAGGGAACUUUAUAGUCUGCACAUCACCAGUGCAAACCACCUUUUAAGAGCUCCCUCACAGAACCCUGAUGGUUCCCAACAUCUCUAGAGUGGUGCUGCCAACACAGGGCAUACAGGACUAUGGGGGUGAAAUGUCCAGUGGAAAAGCGGGCGUAGGGCACAGUUACCCCACCUGCAAGUCACUCAAGAGUAGCGUUGCAUUUUCUUUCCCCUCUAACCAUUCUGACAAGAAGCUGAUUGCUGGGAGUAGAGUUUCCUAUGAGAGGCGGUAGACUGAGGAUAAGGAAAAGCCUUUUACCUCGGUCCUUGAACCCAUGUUACACAAAGUGACUGCCGGGUGCUGGGGCAGAGGAAAUAAGUUACACAAAAGGGAGUAAAAUACACUAAAGUGGGUAUAAGACUUUAAUAUAUCUUUGCCUUUGUAGCCAAAACUCCUUGCACAAGCUCUGUCUGGGUCAUUACCUGAGCUCUUAGAGUGAUCUAAUAUUGGUGCAGACUCUAGGGCUUCUGUAUUGUGUACCUCUGAGUCCAACAUAGCACCAGGGAUAGGUAGACAGGAGGGAGAAAAAGACAAAACCACAUUCCGACUCUCCUACUCACAAAAUUCAACCACCACACACAGAACAGUAGCCAUGGCUAUAGAGGGCGGCAGCGAUGUUGCAUUUUGCCUAGGUCCCUGGGAAACCUUCAUCUGGUCCCGAUAAUGUAACAGACAUCAUGUGAGGUCCUAAUAUAUGCAUGGCUCCUACUUAUGAAUAUUUGUCAACUUAUAAAAUUAGAUAAAGAUUACAGAAGCUGGACUGCACCACAAUAUUUUUGUGCUACUUCUAAUAAUAACUUUAUUAAAAAAAUUUAAAUAAAAAAAGAUUGGUAGAUAUAGACAUAUACCAGCAAAAAUCCACAACAAUAUUCCCUUUUAGGUAACAGAUUGGUAAAAUUCUAGAUGAAGCAGAGGAAUCCUUUUGGAAGUAUGCAAAUUCUUAAAAUCCCUUGAUGUAUUCCAGAAUAUAAAAUGACAAGAGGCAGAAAACACUCCAAUGGUGCAGUAAGUUAAUGUAACCAAGGUGGAUAAAAUAAGGUAACAAUUGGUUACUUAUUUAUAGAGAGCUAUGACCAGCUCUAGCGUGUUGGACAUUCAGUGGUAUAAUCUCCACUUAUAGGAUAUGGUAGAGGUGUCUUCAGCUUUUAGGGAAAUUCCAGGAACCCCAAAAAACGAGGAUAAAAGGCAACAGAUCGUGCUCUCUAUAGGAUAAAAUAUGUCUAAAAGGAGAUAAAUUAAUAAUACAAAGAUAGAGCAGCCUCACUGCUCUUUGAAUAAAGCCUUGGUGGAAUGAUCCCCACCUAGGAUUUCUGUAAAGGUUUUCAAUUAUCUUAUUUUGGCCACCUUGGUUACAUUAAUUUAUUGCACCAUUGGAGUGUUUUCUGAUUCUUUUAUAUUCUAGAAUACAUCAAGGGAUUUUAAGAAUUUGCAUACUUCCAAGAGGACUCUUCCGCUUCAUCUAGAAUUUUACCACUUGAACUUAUGUUACCUAAAAGGGUACUAUCCAUCUAAGAACUAUUGUUGUGGACUACUGCUUGUAUAUAUCUAAAUAUAUUUUUAUUACAUGUUCUUUUUCAUAUUGUAUUCUAAAAUUAUUAGAAGUAGCACAAAAAUAUUGUGGUGCACCCAAGCUUCUGUAAUCUUUGUUUUCUCCCAUUUACCAACGGUUUGAGAGGGAUCCCUUUUGUUUUGGGUUGUUGCCUUGUCUUUGUUAAUUAGCGCUGAUCCUCCUAUUGUUUUUAUAAAAUUAGAUUCCAACCAUUUAUAUUAUUCAAUAAUGACUUCCAGUUUUUAAAAUAGUGGUGUUAGGACAGGAGAUCACAGCUUUUAUACAGUUUUAUUGAAUCCUAACUAGUGCCUACUGACUGUCUAAGCUUUGAUUUUUUUUUCUUCUUUCUACUAAUUUUUUUUUUUUUUUAAUCACACAGGUUGUCUCAGCUAGAUAUUGACAGCCAUCUUGCACAAUGCUUGUCUGAAGCAACAGUUGAUGUUAUUUGGUAAUCACUUGGACAAAAUAUUUUGCACCACAUUGUGAAAAAUGAAUGUAUUAUAUGGUAUACCAAGCAGUUCUUCAUUUUCAUUAUAGGAUCAGGGCAUACAUUACAUUAAACCCAUGCUUUGAAAAGAUGUUUGUUUUGUUUUUAGAAAAUUAAAUACAAAACUGAAUUGAAAGGAAAAUUCCAAGCAUUAUAGUCCAUGGUAGUUAUGUUGCUAGGAGUGAAUUUGCCAAUGUGACUGUGUGUGAGUAGGGUGACUAUGUGUGGGGGAGGGGGUGAUGUGAUGAUGACCAAGUGUGUGUGUAUAUGGAUGGAGAGGGG